CCGCGCCCAAAUACCCUAAAAAUAGUAAUAAAAAAACACAAAGACGGUAAUCUAAGCUACUCAAUUGAAUGCGCGUGACGUUUCCCAGUGGUAUUGUUCGUUGCUUGGCCACCUCUCUCUGCCUUUUCUCGCUUCUCGCGCCUCCUUAUUCCCAAUCCUGUCUUCGAUUUCAGACCCGGAGACCCCCGACGUGUUCGACGAAAUGCCUGAGCCAUGCUCUACCUCACUACCUCUUCAACCCUCGUCUUGCCCUGCUCGCUCCCACGUUUGAGCCCUCGCGCUCACGCCCUCCCCUCCAUUCUAUUCGUCACUGAUUCGAGAAGAAGAAGAAGAACGAAAAGAAUACAGCAACUGUUUGUGCCUUUGGGUUUUGUCGCGGCGAUGGAGAGCUGCGGUUCUGAGUUACGGUUUUCCAAGGUUUUGUGCGGUGGUGGUGGACCUGGGAGUUGUUCUGGGUUUGUGAGGAGGUGUUCGAACUGGGAUAGCGAGGGGGAUUUUGAUUUGGAGGCGGAUAUUUUGGAGUUCAUGAAGGAAUCGAGGAACCCAGCAGCGUUUCCCAGCAAGAAAGAUCUGAUUGAAGCUGGGAGGAUGGACUUGGUGGAGGCUAUUAGGAACAGAGGUGGCUGGCUCUCGCUGGGCUGGGAUUUGAGUGACGAGGAGGAGGAAGAAGAGAAGGUCCAAGAGAAUGUUGCUACUAGGGUUUUGGAUUCUUCUUCAGUAGACAACAACGAAUUUUGUAGUGUUUUUGAUUCGCUGGGCAAUGGAAUUCGGAGCCCUGGGACGGUUUCUUGUUUUUCAGGAAAUUCUUCUCAGUCAGCCUCGUCGUCUGGUAGACCACUGGAAACGGCAACAGAGGAUGAGUCUGGGAUUGAGGGUAUAUUGAAUCGAUUAGAGAAACAAAGAAACUUGACUUUUGGGGUUGGAUUGAAAGAGAAAGGAAAUGGCGCUCAGUUUCCAAUUAAUCGUGGUAAAGAUGACUGGCAACCUGGAACCUUGCUAGAUACGACAGUCGCUGGACUGGAGAGAAGCAGUAAACUGGCUUCUUUAGGUUCUAGUAAUUACAAUUACAAUGAUUUUGGGGGCAAGCUUGGCCAGAACAGAUCUUUCUUAGACGUUGAUGGUUUAAGAAACUCAAGGAAGCCAGACACGUGGAGAAGUUGGAGCAUUCAGAGGGCAGGCUUUUCUGAUGCCAAUUUUGAAGCUGCUGAAAUUGCUUCCAUUGGAACUAGAACGGGGGGUCCAAUGGAUGGUUCAGGAGACAAGAUACUUGAAAUAAUAGAGGUUUCUAGUGAACCUUCAAACACAAGGAAAGAAUUGAGCCCUUGCCAUAACCACAAUGAAAUACGAAGUCGCCUUCAGCACCUGGAGUCAGAACUUUCCUCUGUACUUCGCAUCUUGAGGUUGAAUGCUGAUGAAGUUAUGUCACAGAAGGAUCAUGAAAGCUCAUCCGAGGAGUUGCGGAAGCUUUCUGAUGCUUGGGAGUUCCAGGAAAAUGAGAUCAUGAAUGCUCAGGACAGAUUACGGUCAAUACGUGCAAAGUUAACAGUAUUAGAGGGAAAGAUGGCCCUGACAAUAAUUGAUGCCCAGAAGAUGGUGGAGGAGAAACAGAAGAGAAUUGAUGAUGCUCGUAGAGCUUUACGGCUUCUUCGUACUACUUGGAUAGUUUGGCCCAAUUCAGCCUCCGAGGUGCUCUUAACUGGUUCAUUCGAUGGUUGGGCUACCCAGAGGAAGAUGAUGGAGUCAAGUACGGGUGUCUUUUCUCUGUGCCUGAAGUUGUACCCGGGCAGAUACGAGAUUAAAUUUAUAGUCGAUGGUGAAUGGAGAGUUGAUCCCUUGCGUCCUGUCGUCUAUGACAACGGAUAUGAGAAUAAUCUACUAAUUAUCACAUGAAGCAACGCGAGAAGUAUGCUGUAGUAGUUGUGUAGCUGGGCCUUUUCUUUUCUUUCUUUACCUCUUUGUAAACAGAUACUGGGUGGCUCGUGAUUCUUUUCUCUGAGGAUUUGUAUAUGUAACACUGUUAGAUGCUUUUUCUUUCCCCUUUUUUCCUUUUCAAAUGGUUUGUUGUUUUGCCAAUGUUUACUGAUGUAAGACACAUCUAUGUAAUAGGAAGUGAUGUAAUUCAAUCA